UUAUAACAUUCUCCUUUAUUUUAUUAAUUUAGAAAUUCUUUUGAUAUAGUUACUGGUACUCGGUAGUAUGAACCACUAUGCAUGCAUUCCUAACCUGUUCUAUUUUUUAAAACUUGGUAAAAUGUAAAACGACAUUAAUUGCAUUGCAUCCUAUUCCUGUGCUGCUGAUGUGAUGUAACAAGCGGUUUGUUUAGUUUUGAUGUAUUAUUUAAGAGUGUUAAUUUACACUAGAUUCUUUAAUAAUUACUGUAUAAUAAUGGAUUUUAACAUACAAGUUCGUAAGAAGCAGCUGCUGAAUUUAGAACAGUUCAUAUUUACUUCAAAAGAUAAAGUUCAUUCUAUAUUAGAUUGCUUGGGAUGGAAUGUGAAAGAAGUGUUAAAAGAGAAAACCCUUGUUAACUGUCCUCUUGAUUUAAAUCACAAAAUAGCCGAAAAGAAUGUUAGUAGUCAUACUGAAACAUGUUAUUUAAAGCGUGAAGGAUAUGCCUUAAAUGAAAAUUUCUUAUCUGAACCUCUUCAUGAUCCCCAAGCAUCACUUUAUAUUGAAAAUGGGGUGAAAAUGGCCAUAUUUAAUGAAGCCAGUCAAAGAAUUCCAAACUUCAGAAGAGGAUGGAAUGGAAGAGAUCGAGACCCCAAGACAGCAGACCGUCUCAUGUCAACUUUUAGUAAUGAUGAGCGAACAGCCUUAUAUGAAUACGUCAUUUCACGUACCAAAGGCCCAAUUGCUCCACCAGAAUUUAACAUUAAUGAACCAAACGAAUCUGUGGAAAACAAAACUCUCACAGAAGAGGAGCUCUUGAUACGUAAAAGGGACGCCAGGCGUCGGCGUAUAAAAUACAAAGCGGUUCAUACAAACAAAAAGAGUUACAAAGAAGUUUUGCGAGAAGUAAUAGGUAGUCAAAUGGAAAUGUACAAAGACUGGCUUCAAGAAGGCAGAAUUAGGGGAUGCAGAACUCCUGAAGGUGAUCCAGAUGAUCCUGACAACCAAAAUAACGAACAACUUAGUGAAAGUAAUGAACAUCCUGUCGAUGGUAGCUCACAGGAUCGUUCCUACGCCUCUGAUGUCCUUUACGAUUAUCCCUGCGAUAAUUCACUAACAAGUCGAGGAAGUAACCAUUCAGAGAGUUCAAAGGGUUCCAAGCAACGUGGAAGUCGUAAAUACGACCACGAAAGAGACGAAUAUCGAAAUAGUUAUAAAAAAAAACGGGAUGAGUAUGUCCCUGAUGGGGGCUGUUUAAAGAGUAGGGAUGGAAGUUAUGAAAAAGAUCAUGAAUACAGAAGUAGGAGUUGCAGUAAAAUAUCAAGUGACGAAAGAAAACAUGAUAAAUAUAAUAAUUAUUCUGAUGAAGGCAAAGGUUAUAAUGAGCACCAUUAUGAAAAAUACAGACAUCGACAUAAGGAGCCUUAUUCUCACCAUAACGGUCGGUAUGACGAAAAAUACGAAAGAACUCGAAGGCAUAGGUCCAGAUCCAGAUCGAAAUAUUCGUCUUCCUCUUUAAAGAAACACAGGUAUCACAGUCGGAACCAUUAAUUGAGUGAUUUUUGUUUGAAGUAUAAUUGUAUCAUAUUAAUAACAAUACAUUGUUAGGUGCUUUGUAAUAAGAAUUAGUUCUGUAUUUGAAUAAAUUUUCUACUGAACUUCUCAAUAAAAAUUGUUUUAAAAACAGAA